UAUGGCAUAUGGUAUACUAUUAAAAGGUUUUCCCUAAGGUAUACUUUAGGUUGUUUGGGGUUAAAGAAAUGGGGAGAGGCAAAGUAGAGCUGAAGAGAAUAGAGAACCCAACAAGUAGGCAGGUGACCUUCUCAAAGAGGAGAAAUGGCCUUUUGAAGAAGGCUCUUGAAUUGUCCAUCUUAUGCGAUGCUGAAGUUGCACUCCUCAUCUUCUCUCCCUCUGGAAAGGCUUAUCAGUUUGCUAGCCAUGACAUGCACAGAACCAUUGGGAGGUUUCGCGAUGAAAGAGGAUUACCUCAAUCAAGUGACCAACGCUCUAGAUCAAUGGAGUUUUGGAGGACUGAAAUUGAGGAGCUCAAGAGAUCGAUAGACAUAUUGGAGACAAGACUCAAGCACUUGGCUGGAGAAGAUAUAUCAAUGUUGGGCAUGAAGGAGUUGAAACAGGUUGAGCGACAGAUAAAGAUUGGGGUUGAACGCAUCCGUUCUAAAAAGAGACGCAUCAUUUCCGAGCACAGCAAUUUGAUGAAAAGGAAGCACAGAGCCCUGCAAGAGGAAAACUCUCGUCUGCAGAAAAGAUUGCAUGAGCUGCAUGAUUCUUACGUAAGAUCAAGUAUUUCGGGAGUGAAUGCGUGCAACGCAUACCCAAGUGCAGGAUUCUUCAGCAUGGAUUUAACCAUUAAGCACCAGAUGAUGAUCUCCCACCAGUUACAAUAUUAAAGAAUCUUCAAUUACUUCAAUAAUAGUUAUUGUAAUCAUAUAAUUGUUCAGCAGCGACGAAUUAAUUAUAAGUCGUUCACAACUUUUUUUUUUUUCUUUUUUAAUUUGGUGUUUUGUGUUCUCUCCCUUUUUAUCUUCGUAUAUAUAUGACUUGUG